UCUUAUUACCUGAGAAGGUGGUGCGUGGGGCACUCCCUCAGGCGAUCCUUCCUCUAUAAAUGUACAUAGGAAGCCCACCUCUCGCCUUCACCACUCCCCUCUUUUCUUUCUGCUUCCUUCACUUCAUAUUUUACUCCUUUGACUGAAGCCUAAAAGGCAAAAACAUAUCAACCCCAUUCACACACAGAGAGAGACAGAAACAAGCAAGCAAGCAAAGCUCGGCGCUCGCUUCAAGCCGGAGAAGGAGGAGAAGGAGGAGAGGGAUGAAGGAGAGCUGCGGCGGGGGACGGAAGCAGGGGACGCCGUCGCCGUGUGCAGCGUGCAAGCUGCUGCGGAGGAGGUGCGCAGAGGACUGCGUGUUCGCCCCCUACUUCCCAGCCGACGAGCCCCACAAGUUCGCCAACGUCCACAAGGUCUUCGGCGCCAGCAAUGUCAACAAGAUGUUGCAGGAGCUACCAGAGCACCAGCGAGGAGAUGCCGUGAGCAGCAUGGUCUACGAAGCCAACGCCCGAGUGCGGGACCCGGUCUAUGGCUGCGUCGGGGCCAUAUCAUCCCUCCAGCAACAGAUCGACAUGCUUCAGAGCCAGCUCGCCCAAGCCAAGGCCGAGGUGGUGCACCUCCGAGUCUGGCAGAGCGCAACCCUGUCUAACCAUGGCCCGGGCCCCGCCAGCCCAAGCAACAGCGGGUCGCCCUCCUCUCGACUCAUGGCCUCCCAAGGCAAAGCCAUUUUUGACAUGGACAUGAUGGUGGACCAACCUGGCUUGGGAGAUUCAAUCUGGUGAAGCUGACCUUGACCUUUUUCUAAAUCACCAUAUACCGAGAACACUUUGGAGCCUAUGAUCCUAAACCAGCUUUUUUUCUUCUUCCUUUUUUCCCCUCAUUUGAAGAAAAUAUUGUAUUUCGAUUCGAUGUAAAUCCCACAUGAGUCGUAGAAAGGCGGCGCCGCCACAGAGGAUGAUGGCCGAGCAGCGGCGGUAGGAGGAAGGGGGUGAAGGCCAUUCACCCACAGUUUUUAAUUUCUAAAAGGGUCUCUAAUUACUAUUGACCUCAAUGUAGAUAUAGUUUUUUUUUUUUUUUACUUUACCAAUGUGAGUAAUACUAUAUAAUUAUAGUGGAUUGUGCACUUAUGAAACAAAGUGUGUCGC